CGUAAUGGAUGGAUGUGAAAAAGUAAACAUGAAUUCGCUAUUGUUUGCAAAAGUUUUUACAAUAUAUCUCAGUUUUAUCGUACUUGUUCAGGGAUUGCACCAUAACGAAAGUAUUCGCGCUGAAAAUGGGGAAGGUCGAUCUCUACUGUUCCCUUCAGCGAGCAUUAUGCAGAUGUCGAUUUGUACGAGCUCUGGAACGCUUCUCUUCGUACCGAAAAAAGUGUAUCCCUUCAGACGAAUGGGUGUUAAUAUUGGAUUUCAGGCCAACUAUCCGCUGCCGUAUCGUUUGCAAGAUUUCUACAAGUAUCCCACCUGGGCGCGAUCCAUAACGGAUAUUAUUAGGGGCCGUUUCAUGCCAACUGAAGUGGUGACGGCCAGAGCCGUACGAAAACGUCGCUCCAACCAGCCACUGAGUGCUGGCGAAAUCUACCGAAUAGUCGAUGAAGUGCUGCAAUAUGCAGGUUACGAUGAAGAUUGUAUAGUGAAAAGUGUCUGUGAGCUGGCUCAUAGCCCUUUCCACAACGUCGAGGAAGAUUUGUACGCCGAGAUUUUGCAGUUCUUCCUUACGCCAUCGGAACAUCAAUCAUUCGAACCACAUGAGCGAGUGAUGCAAAAGAAGUACGAGUCUGCUGAAAAAAUGGGUCGAGAAGGAGCAGAUUGCCAUCUGCUAUAUCCCAAGUGUCGCCAGUCAUUUCUAACCUCUAUUACGGACUUCAUGGAGGACACGUCGAAUGUGAUCAAAUAA